ACAAGUGGAUGCGUGUUGCUCUUCCCUGUUUGCCAGUCUUGUUCCAGAGGUGUGACAGCGCUUUAAAGUGGUUAACUGGGAUGAAUGCUGAAACGUGAGAGAAGAUGUUAUAAUAUCAUCGUCCCGGCGGCUGACGCGAUGCAGGGACCCUGUACGCGUUUUGCAUGAAGCGGGGAUGUGAUCUGCAAGAUGUGACUGAGGAGAGCCGCAGAUGAAUAUUAAUUGGCAUCCAGGUCUCUACAAGAGCUGAGGGCUCAGCAGUAAAUUGCGAAGUCGCACAGUGGCUCCCCCUGCAGGACAUUGAGAUACUGUAGAUUUGUAGACCCCAACAUUGAAUGACAUGCCUCACGUGACUCAAACUACAAGGAGCUGAGGGUUAAUUGGGAGCUAAAGACUUCACAAGGCUUCCUCAAAUCUAUUCUAUGGAGGUCAAAGGUCGACUAAUCACUACAAUGGGCUUAGGGGCUCCAGAUAUCCAGGGCUGUCAGGACAGCAAGCUGCAAGCAGAGCGAAUCUCAGAGCUGCAGGAGCGAAAGCAGAGUCUGCAGAGCCUUUUGAACAGUCGUCUCGGAGAGCUGCGACAAGUGUGUCUGGUGGAGGCGGAGCUCACAGGGAAGCUUCCACAGGAUUUUCCUUUAGAAGAAGGGGAAAGACCUCCCUUUGUUCAGCGCCGAGCUGGCCUGACCCCUCAUGUAAGCUCAAAAGGAGAGGAUGACCCAGGUCAGCGACGGCAGAUGAAAGCUCUCUUCAGUGGUGCCCUGCGCCGGAGCAUCGAUGCUGAUAAAAAUGCAUUGUACAGUAAGAGGACUGUUCAUCGGGGAUGCCACACAGAGGAAACUGUGAAGUCAGAGAGCAGUUCAAUGUCAGACUCAACAUCACAUGACAAUGAGGAUUCGUCUCCCAGUGUGGCACCUGAGCAUCGCUCCUUGUCUCAUCCCCGGCUGGCCCAAAGCAGUCCUGACAGUAGGCUCUGUAGGAAGCUGUCGCCUGUAGAGAUCUACUACGAGAUGAGGACUCGCCGCAACUCAACCUCAAGCUCUGUGAGCCCGAGUCACUCGCUGCCAAGAAGUGCAUCCAAUGUGGAGGGCAGAAGUGUUCCAGCCACGCCGCUGUUGUCCCGCACUGCACCAAUCAGCGUUCAUGUUAGGCCGGAGAUGCCUGGUGGGAUUGCACUGAAGCAGUGGUGUGGCAGUCCAGAUCUUCCUCAGUUUGUGCCGUUGGCAUCUUUGGAGGGCUCCUCUUCUGAGCGCCGCAGCUGUCCCUACAGUUCCCGUGCCCGUCGUAGCAACAGCUCCGAGGCGCUACUCGACCGCUCGAGUCUCCCUGAGCCCGGUCCUCCUCACAAUGGCAUGCCACCCCGAGCCGGACCAUACAAGAGCUCGGAGUCCCUCACAGAUGGGAAGCUCCGUCAGUUCUAUCAAGGCAGCCCAGAGAGACAGAUGAUGGGAUUUAAAGACCAGGGUCGAAUGCGCUCCUCUCUCGGUAGUGGCACAGGUUACAAUGAGAUUUUGAUGGACUGCAUUUGGGGCAAACAGCAAAAGAGGCCUCCCCAGGCUCAACAGAACCAGUCAGCAGGACGCAUCUGGCCAGACUUCUCCACUCCUCCAUCAGUCACCCCUCCACACUACAAUGGUUUCUCCCAUUCGCAGUUACAUCUGGCUGCCGCCCCGCCUUCCUAUAGCCCCGUGCUGCUGCGGGGUCAAGAGGCCGAACCCCGUCGAGUCAAAGUGACACGAACGAAAUCCUGUGGACCCUUCAUCCCUUUACAGCAGCACUCACAGGACGCGGUGUUGUUCUCGGCAUAUGAUCUGUCACAUCCCUCCGCUGGAUCCACCACUUCUUCUAUUCCCAACCUGCUCCCUCACCACACAGAGCUGUCCACUGCUGCAGCGUUCGGCCGCAGAGCGCCUCAGUUCUCUCUUCCCACUCCUGAGGACUCCACCCGCAGUUUGCACAAAGCACUGGCUCUGGAAGGACUCCGGGACUGGUAUCUGAGGAACGCCUUAGGUUAUUCCACUACGGCCAAAGCUCACGACGGACUGGCCAUGCGCCAUUCACAUACUCACCACCUCGUGCACCAGCCUCAGUCCGUUACAGCCGACCCACUGUACUCUGUGCAUCGUCAAAUACCUCAGUCAGCUUCAUUUCAUGGGCAUCCCUUGCAUGCCAGGUCUGUGGAGCUCUCUCUCUACCCAGAGCCUUUCCCCUUAGAGGGGAGCACUCCAAAAGAGUCUGGCUCUGAGCCCCCUUCACCUGGAACACUGGUCUGACUGGCAGCCAACACACCCCACAGCCUCAAAUGCAACAUGUUGCAAUAUUCGAUGCAAAAUGACACCUUGUUCUAGGGAUGCAUUUGUCCAAUUGCUCAAAAUUAACAAUUAAAAUAAAAAUAAAACUGAAGGAAUGCA